UAUUUACAUGUAAAUAAAACAAAGUAACUAUAUUUCUAACUUGUCAGAUCUAGAUGCUUUGCACUCUAAACACGACGUUGCUAAUGUUAACUAGCUAGCCCAAACAGACUGUUUGUUUUGAUGACACGAGGCCCUGUAUGUGCACCUGUCUCUUACUGGGGCCCUUAUUAUGGCCAUCAUCGUAUCAUCCUGCCGCCCCACCCAUGGUGUCCUCUUGCUGAAGGCAAUCCUGUUUGGCGGGAAUAGCAGAGCCGGUUAAGAACAAACGGGGGAGUGGUCUUCAAUGCUAGAUCACACCUACUUUCACCCUUUCUCUCAGUCUGUCCCUCCCUGUUUUCCUCCCCCUCUUUCUGUUUUAGUUUGCCACUUCUCACCGCGGUCACCAAAGAGACUUCCCAGACCAUGAAGGAGCACGCAACCACAGCUGGCAGGCAGCAGAGAUGCACUGUAGGUGAGCCACGGUGGAGUCGGGAGUAACACCACACACACCUGCGAGAGACACGCGAACGAUGGAGAUGCCGCACAGGUGUUGCCUGGGCCUGACCCCGUAGUAACUCAGGACUGCUUAUUCACCAUAGCUGACAGACUUCCAGCUUCUGCACCUCAGCACCAUCAGGCUUGGUGAGGAAGGGCAGCCGUUCAGUGAGGAGCGGGGGCAGUGGAGGAGAAGAAGGAGGAGGAGGAGGAGGAGGAGGUGUGUUUACUUGCGGAGAGCUUUGUUGUAACCGUGGGAUACCAUGUCGUCACUGGGGAUGCACAUGCUGGCGAGCUCGCUGGCGGUGCUGGCCUGGGUGAGCGCCCUGCUCACCUGCAUCCUGCCCAUGUGGAGGGUCACGGCCUACAUCGGCACCACUAUUGUCACCUCACAGGUAAUCUGGGAGGGCAUCUGGGUGACGUGCGUGGCCCAGAGCACGGGCCAGGUGAUGUGCAAGCCGUACCCGUCCACGCUGGCGCUGGGCAAGGACCUGCAGGCGGCGAGGGCCCUGACCGUCAUGGCCCUGCUGGCGGGCAGCGGCUCCCUGCUGCUGGCCUUCGUGGGGGGCAAGUGCACUCGCUUCCUGGAGGACGACGGCCAGGGCCCGCAGAUAGCCCUCCAGCGGAGGACCAGGAAGGAGAUCGUGCUGCUGGCGUCCGGUGUGGCGAUGGUGGUGGCCGGCUUGCUGUGCAUCAUCCCCGUGUCCUGGACGGCUGGCGCGGUGGUGCGCAACUUCUACAACCCCCAGCUGACGGACUCGCAGCGGCGGGAGCUGGGCGCCGCCAUCUACCUGGGCUGGGGCGCCGCCAUUCUGUUCUUCCUGGCGGGGGGCAUGUUCUGCAGCACCUGGUGCUUACGACGGCCCUCCGAUGAAGAAGAACGCCACAACGCCGCCUCGGUCAAGUACGUCCUGGUGCGCUCGUCUGUCAGUGGUGGUGGGGGGUCCAGACACACCCCAGGCCCAGGUGCACCCUCUGUGCUGCGCUCUCAGCCUCCCCAGGGUGGGGGGAUGAUGAGAGCACCGCCCCACCAGGUACUCACGGCCAAACCGCCCCUCAGCCAGGCCCCCUCCACAGCCUCCUACUACAGCAGAGCCCCCUCCACUAAGUCCCAGCUGCCGGGCCCCAAGUUCGGCUCCGGCCCUCCAUCGGAGGUGAGCGAGGGGCCCUCCACUAAGUCGCAGCUGAAGCGGAUGGACUCGGCCAUCAGCCUGGAGGAGUUCGUGUCCAAGCCUGAGGAGCAGGACGUGACGCUCACAACGCCAACAGAUGAACCCCCACUGAGCCCCACCAAGACCUACCUCUGAUGGCAUCACUAAAAGACACUGAAAUAAUCAAACACACUUAUUAGUCAAGUAGCCUCUUAUUGCAGAUGGGGUCGCCGGUGGACCUAUUCACUAUUUGUUGAAAAUACUCAACUACAUCAUAACAAUCAUGAGAGUAAGUUAUAACAUAGGCUCUGCGCUAAGGGGUUAAUUUCCUUGGAAAUGAGUUGUACAUGUCUUUACUACUGAACUGUACGUUUUUGUUGAACACGAUAUAUGUGUGUUUUUGAAGCAGGUGUGCACUUGGACCUUCGUAUUGUCUAGUUAAAAGUGAUAUAUAUGUAUUUAAUUAUGCUGUUUAACAUACACAGUUUGUUUUAUGUUUUAAUAUGGUAAAAUGAAGGCAGGAUCCUUAAUGACAUUUCACUGUCCUCUUAACUGAUCUAUGUAGUGAUACUGAUGCUCGAUGUCAGCUCAGGGACUCACUGUGAAUUGAUUUUUUUAUACUGAUCUCACCUUGUCAUCUCUUAAAAUUGAGAUGUUAAAAUUGAUAUUGGAAUUAUUCUUGUUAAAUGUCUUUUAACAUAACAUUACAACAUUUUCAAAGAAUUUUGA